GUCCACGUAUACAGUGUUGGUCGCAAGACCUGAAGGGAGACCUACACGGACCUGGGAGGAUAAUAUUAAAAUUCGUCUUCGAGAAACUGGAUGUGAUGGCGUGGGCUGGAUUCAUCUGGCUCAGGAUAGGUUCCAGUGUCGGGCUCUAGUGAACACGGCAAUGAACCUUCGCUUUCCACAAAAAAGGCGGGGAAUUGAGGAAGCCAUCUGUCGAGGGGCAAGGAGUGAGCGCCGGUAAUCAGCGGAUCGGUACUGUUCGGGUACCCUGCUCUGUUCCUCGCCUUCUGCUUCGCAGUUUGCAGUGCGCCGAGAACAUCGGCCGGCAACGGGCGGACAGUAACUGAGAGGAGCCCCGAUGGACUACAAGUGCUGCUAAGCAGACAAACUGAGACACGAUGACGGGUUCACUGGCUUACAACGCCGGAUAUCUGACAUGAUUGCGAGAGAGCAGCUAUUAUACUUGGUCACACUGCUUGCAUGCUUAUUAUGUUCCACCUGCAAAAAGAAUUACACCAUCAAGCCACGGGUGGUCCUGCCAGAAAAUUAUGUCAAAGAGAUUCGUCCUCCUUCACCGAAGGGACAACCAGUCACAGUGGACUUCAGCAUUUACAUAGUCGACAUCAACUCUAUAAAUGUAGAGGACAUGGAUUUCCGUGUGGAUAUGUUUGUAAGGCAGCGGUGGACUGAAUCCCGUCUUCACAUGCCUGAUGACAUCUUUGAAGACGGCGAUGAUUAUGUAACAUUGCCGCCAGAAUUUUUUGAUAAUCUGUGGCAACCAGAUCCAUACAUUCUGAACUCAAAAGUCUCAGAGAUCGCUAAGCUGACACACAAGUUCUCGAGUGUGACGCUGUACCGCAACAAGACCGUGCGCUAUGCAGCCCGCAUGCACGCCAUUCUAGCCUGCCAGAUGGAGUUCCAGCUGUACCCCAUGGACGUCCAAAGCUGCCCCAUGUUCAUUGAGAGCUUCUCAUACAACAACCAGAAACUGAGGUUGCGAUGGGCAGCGGAUGGCGUGAAGCUUAACCCAGAACUCAAACUCCUUCAAUACAAUGUUGGCCAGCCACUGGAACUCAGGGAAACAACAGGGUAUAUGGUGGAGAGGGAAGCAAACUUCUCGCGCUUGGUCAUGUACUUCCGAUUUGAACGUCAGAUUGGGCACCACCUGAUCCAGACCUUUGCUCCCAGUACACUUGUGGUAAUGCUGUCUUGGUUCAGUUUCUGGAUUGGUCUCGAUGCAAUUCCAGGUCGUGUCACUCUGCUCGUCACGUCUAUGCUAACGCUUGUAACCAUGUUCACAGGCCUCAAGUCGGACAUCCCGCCUGUAGCAUACGUGAAGGCCCUGGAUCUGUGGAUGGCUGGAUGCAUGGUGUUUGUGUUUGCUGCUCUUGGGGAAUUUGCAGUAGUUAAGGUUCUGGAUGUCCGCUAUCAGUCGCAGAAGAAUGAACGAGUAACCUCUGUUCCUAGGAUUCUACCAAUGCGAAUUCAAGCCGUAGACAAGAAGACCCGAUGUGUUACGGCGUGGGACGUCGAGGCGCCGGGAAUCCGCUGCAGGAAGCAUAGUCUUGGCCUCAGGAAUCGACGGUUCCUCCAGCUCUCAUGGCUUGACCACAGAACUGGCGAAGAAAAGAUACUUUGGAAAGAAAUUGAUCGCCAGUCUCGCAUCUACUUUCCAACAUUUUUUCUUUUGUUUGUUGUAUUUUAUUGGCCUAUUUUGCUAUUAAAAAAAAUAGGUUGACGGCGGUGAAAAUUAAGUGAAUACACAACUAAAAAGUACUUGAUAUAUUUUGAAAUGUAAUAAAUUUUUUCAAAGAUUAGAUGGACGCUUUCCAGACAGUCUGGAGGUGUACCAUCAUUGCAGCACGACUGGUUCGUUUAUUGUAAGAGAGGAAACACGAACGCAGAUGUCAUUUUUAAAUAUGGGGCUAUAAUAGUCUGUACUAUUUCAUAAAACUGUGCGCAGUUCUAUAUAAAUAAGUUUUAGGAUUGGUAUUACAUUAUUAGAAGCUUUGCUAGUUUUAUAUUAUGUGUAUUCUUCGUCGAGCGCUUUAAUGUUUUCGUUCCACUACGUAAUGUGUGUGGGUCGCAACAUUCAUAAUUAAGCGCACUUAAAAUGUAUUACGGAAUAUAUAAACUGAAUCAAACUUGAAUGUAUGCAUAAGAAAGAAAUACUUUCCAACUAAGAUAUUAUUUAAAAGAAGAAUGUGAAUUGUAGUAAAAGUGAUGAAUGUAAUAUUUUGUAUCGUGAAAUGAGAAAUUCUUUCAGCUGUGCUUAACCGUGUGAGAUCCAUUUGUUUUAACAAAACAUACUUCAGUUUAUUUUAUAUGAAUUUUUGAACUUUUGGGUUCAAUCUGGCAGUGGCCUGGAGCGUAGUUUUCAAGUCGUCACACUCAGUCUGACGGGGAACGAGAGAGAUAGAGAGAGAACGCACAUGAAACAUGAAAUGGAGAGCAAAUUUAACCAUUUGUCAAUCUCUGCUAAAUAUUAAUCAAGAAACUGACAUGUAAGGAGAAUGCACAAACUUAACCAUUUUGAAAUGAAAAUAAUGACAUAGUCACAGCGACGCAGCGAUCAUAAUAUAAUUAUGUUGUCUCUGCAUUUAUGUAUUCAAUUUACAUGAUUCCUGUACUUUAAGCAGUGAAACUUCAAAUAUACAUCUUACAAAAAUUUGCGUGGCCCGUAAUUUAUAGACAUUGCUAAGGUUAGGGCCACAGUAUAUAUUCUAUAUUCUGUCCUAUCAUAAAAUGUUUCAAAUAAAAGUAUCAGAUAUUAAUGAA